GCCAACGUGACCGUUUGUCGUCCAACGCAGCAAAGCAGCCAAAAAUCUACAAACAAGGAGUGCAAUUGUUGUAGCGUGUGCUAAGCUAAAAUAAAUAAAAAAAAUUAUAAUUUUUCAAGAGAAAAAACUCUAAGCAGCCAACCCAAGUGCUAAACGAGAUUUAUAAACGAAAUUCAAUUACUCAAACGAAAAUUACAUAAAACUUUGGAAACGAAAAUUUCGUGCAUUUGCUGUAACGUGUGUGUGCGCGUUUAGAUUUUCGGAGCAAAAAAAAAAAAAUCGAGCAAACGAAAAGUCUAAUAGAAAUUGGAAAAUAUCUCUACACACUUUGUUUGAACUCGGUGGCUUCGCUCCCUACACGCGGAGGUAACAAGAAGGGCAAGUAAAAACUAAAAGACACAAAAGAAAAGUCGAAAAAAACGUCGUGUGAAAAAAUAAUGAUUAAAAGUUCUGCGUCGAUUAAAAAUUUGUGGUUGUCCAAAAGCGCCCAUUUAAAUGCAUUGCUCGUUAAUGGAUUUGUGAGUAAGCGUGCUAAAGCGACUGCUUUGAGUUUGGUUGAGAAUUUGGAUGAGUCGCCGGCGAAUGGCAACGGUCUUAACGGCAGCAACAACAACAGCAACGGCAAAGCGAAGACAGCGCUGACAGCCAACAGUGGCACUGGCAACAACAACAACAGCAACAACGGCACCACCAAUUUAACCGAGGCGAAACAACAAACAUACUACAACAACACGGUAUGGUUAGAUGAUCGCAGCAAGUAUGGCCACACCGGCAAGGAGUUGCAAGAGAAAAUUGCCGCAGAGAAACGCCUACGCGCCGCACCAUUGUUAAAUCUAGUGUUUGCCAAUCGGAAAUUGUCCUUUUACGAUACCAGCCAUACACCCGGCAGAGACGACGGCAUGCGCCUACAGAAGCGCUUUUUAUCGAUGCGACCUCAUCGGGAGCAGGAGCAACGCAAUGCCGAAGAUGUGCUCUUCGAUAUGUUCUACAAUGAGGAGACCGGUCUUAUAUCGAUGGGUAAAUUUUUGGCCGCUCUCAAGACGACCGGCAUUAGGCGCAGCGAUCCACGCAUACGCGAAUUGAUGGAGAAUUUGAAGAAGGUGCAUAAAUUGUCGAAUUAUGAGACUGGUUCGUCGGCGGAAACGCAAAAUUUGAAUCGUGAAACAUUUAAAGCCGUUGUGGCACAGAACAUCGUCUUGAUCGCUAAGGCUUUCCGUCAACAAUUCAUCAUACCCGAUUUUGUGAGCUUCGUUAAGGAUGUCGAGGAUAUCUAUUGGAAAUGUAAGACGAACGCCGAUGGCGCCGUCGCCAAUUACAUACCGCAAUUGGCACGCUACAGUUCCGAUUCGUGGGGUGUUAGCAUCUGUACGAUCGACGGGCAACGCUAUUCCAUUGGCGAUGUGGAUAUACCGUUCACUUUGCAGAGUUGCAGCAAACCGUUGACGUACGCCAUCGCCUUGGAGAAGCUGGGACCGAAGGUGGUGCAUUCGUAUGUGGGCCAAGAGCCAAGUGGUCGCAAUUUCAACGAAUUGGUGUUGGAUCAUAACAACAAGCCACACAACCCCAUGAUCAAUGCGGGCGCCAUUUUAACCUGUUCACUGCUGCAGGCUUUGAUCAAACCCGAUAUGACGGCAGCUGAGAAAUUCGAUUACACACUGCAGUGGUUCAAACGCCUGUCGGGCGGGGAGAAUAUCGGUUUUAAUAAUGCCGUGUUCCUGUCGGAACGCGAGGCAGCCGAUCGUAAUUAUGCUUUGGGCUUUUAUAUGCGGGAGAAUAAAUGCUAUCCGAAGCGCACGAAUCUCAAAGAGGUCAUGGACUUCUACUUCCAGUGCUGCUCCAUGGAGACCACCUGUGAAGCCAUGUCCGUAAUUGCCGCAACACUGGCUAAUGGUGGCAUUUGUCCCACUACCGAAGAGAAGGUAUUGCGUCCCGAAGUCGUACGUGAUGUACUCUCCAUAAUGCAUUCGUGCGGCACCUAUGACUACUCCGGUCAGUUCGCCUUCAAAGUUGGCUUACCAGCCAAAUCGGGUGUCUCCGGUGGCAUGAUGUUGGUCAUACCAAAUGUGAUGGGCAUAUUCACAUGGUCACCACCGCUCGACAAAUUGGGAAAUAGUGUGCGUGGUGUGCAAUUCUGUGAAGAAUUGGUGAGCGCCUUCAAUUUCCAUCGCUAUGAUAAUCUCAAACAUGCAUCGGAUAAGAAGGAUCCACGUAAACAUCGUUACGAGACCAAAGGACUGUCAAUUGUGAAUUUGCUCUUCUCAGCGGCCAGCGGUGAUGUGACGGCAUUGAGACGUCAUCGACUCUCCGGCAUGGAUAUCACAUUGGCCGAUUAUGAUGGUCGUACGGCGCUACAUUUAGCCGCCUCCGAAGGUCAUUUGGACUGUGUGAAAUUUUUAUUGGAGCACUGUCAAGUGCCACAUAAUCCAAAGGAUCGUUGGGGUAAUUUACCGGUUGAUGAAGCGGAAAAUUUCGGACAUCAUGUUAUUGUGGAUUACCUGAAAGAGUGGGCAGAGAAGGCGGAAGCAGCCGAAGCGCACACACCCGAAGCGGUUAUUAAGAAUACCGAAGCGGAUGAGGAAAUAAUUACUUCCAAUCAGAGCAUUAGCUCCGACUACGACCGCAGCGCCACUGCUAGUCCCAUACCGUCGGAUACAGGCAGCAGCAGCGGUAUUGAUGAUAAUACCAAACCUGGUUUCUAAACUCAACAUAUGUACAUCACGCACACCACACACACACACAUACACACCUAUAGACUUAGAACCCAUCAAUUCGCAUCACAAAUACCUAAUACAUACACAUACUUAAGACAAUGAUUUGAAAUGAUUCCUGGAGAAUCUCUUACGAAACGUAAGCCUAUAUACCAAAAAA